AAUGAUAGAAAUGGAAAGAAGAGUGAGAAAAGAAGAAACAGCUCAGUUUGAAGUCAAACAAAUGAAAAAAGAGAACCUGUUAAGGCAAGAGCUGGAAGCCAUCCGAGAAGCAGCACUGGAAGCAAGAGACUAUCAAUUGACCAGGUUGAUGAAAGCUACUAUAAAUAGUAGGGUAGAAAGCAUAAAAGCAGAGAUGAGUAACAAACUAAGUGAGCAACUGGAGAUGGUCCAGAAGAAAAUGAGAAGACUAGAGGCUCAAGCAGCAAGAGUGAUAAGCGAGCAAGAAACGUGCAUGCUGACGAAGCAAGAAAGUGACGAAUGGCUGAAGGCCCUGAUGGUCAGAAGGUACGAUAGAAGAAAGAGUAUGAUCCCAAGCACUCCAAUUAUGUUCGAAGGAGAGCCCAAUAUGUUCGAAGGCUUCAUAGUGAGGCACGAAAGCAUUGUGUCCAGAUAUAGCGAAGCGAAAGAAUGGGAGAAAUUCGAGCUAUUGUACAUGCAACUAAGUUACACUAUUAAUUUUUCAUAUUUAUCACGACUUGAAUAA